AUACUUCUGGCUUUCAAUAUAAUAUGGCAUCUUCUUCUUCCACCAAAAUAUCCAUGAAGCUUCUUAUCGACCCAAAGAAUAAUAAAGUUUUCUUUGCUAAGCUUCAAAACCUGUCAUAGACUUUCUCUUCAACUUGCUAUGCUUUUUGUUUUGUUUUUCCUUGUGAUUAAUAAUUUAUAUGCAAUGUUUUCUACUUUGUGAUCUAAAUGAAUACUACUCAUUUUGUCAAAAAAAAGAAAGUAAAGUAAAUAACUUUUGACUGUUUAUGGUAAGAAAAGUCAUAUUUUUUUAAAACGCAUUACUAGAAAAGAUGUGCUCCACAGUAUUUUACAGGCUAGUAGCCCAUCAUGCACGUCUCAAUCUUAUCCUUAACCUUAUACUUUUAUAUAGUCGGUACAUCAAUGGUGUGUUUUAUCAUAUUCUAAAAGCAACUUAAUGGGAUUUUCUUUAAUAACCAAAUUAAAAAAAAAACGUAAGUAACUCAUAUUACAAGAAAAUUACUCCAAUAACCAAGUUUGCAAAAGUUUUAUUUGUAAACGUCAUUCCACAUUGCACCUCCUAUUUUAUUUUUUUUUUAAAAUAUCACAAUUACCUGCAGAUUUACCUGCGGAUUUACUGUUACCUGUGUAUUUACCUGCGAAUUUACCUGCAGAGUAUUUUAAUGUUUGGUCUACAUGUAAAUCCGCUGGUAAAUUCGUUGGUAAAUCCGCAGGUAACAAUAAAUCUGCAUGUAACUAGAACAAAUUAUAAAUAAAAGGAGGCGUCAUGUUGAAUGGCGCCUGCCUAUAAAACACCCCCAAAUAUAGUUAUUGGGGUAAUUUUCUUGAAAUAUAAGUUACUUAUGUAUUUUUUUUUCAAAACUUGGUUAUUAAAAAAAAUUUCCCCUUUAAUGGAGGUGAAAUAAAAUAUUGGUUUGUUAUAGCUAGAGAAAAUUUACUACCUCAUAUGGGCGGUCUAUAGACCCAAAAAUUAGAGGAUUUCUUAUUUCAAUUCAUAGGGGGUAAAUAUAUUAUAUGGAUGAAGCGGCAUUUUACUGUGCAUUAGUAAUCAUAACCUCUAUUCUUCUGCACCAAAUCACAUCAACAUCAAUUGAGUAAAUGCUUUUACUUUUACAAUAUUUUAAAGAUUGAUCUUUCCUCGUUUAAUUAUUAAAUUUAAUUGUGCAACCACAAAAUUAAAGGAUUUCUUAUUUCAAUUCAUAGGGGUAAAAAUAUUAUAUGGAUGAAGCGGCGUUUUACUUUUACAUUAUUUUAAAGAUUGAUAUUCCCUCGUAUAAUUAUUAAAUUUAAUUAUACAACCACACAUAACUCUUUGUAAUAAUCUGUCUAUAUAUGAACAACUUUUCUUAAUUUUAAAUAUAUUAGCCUUUCAAUAUAACAUGGCUUCUUCUUCUUCUUCCUCCAAAGCAACAAUGAAAUUUCUUAUCCACACAAAGAAUAUCAAAGUUAUCUUUGCUGAAGAUUCAAAACCUGUCAUGGAAUUUCUCUUCAACUUGCUAUGCUUUUUGUUUUGUUUUUGCUAGUGCUUAAUAAUUUGCAUGCAAUGUUUUCUACUUUGUGAUCUAAAUGAAUACUACUCAUUUUGACGAAAAAGAAAAAGUAAAGUAAAUAAGUUUUGAUUGUUUAUGGUAAGAAAAGUCAUAUUUUUUCAAAACGCAUUAGUAGCAAAGAUGUGCCCCCACAGUAUUUUACAGGCUGGUAGCCCAUCAUGCACGCGUGUGGCCCACUUCUCAAUCAUCUCUUAUCCACAAAAUCAAACACUUUUGCUAACAAAACAUCCACAACGUUUCAUACAACACUUAAUUAUAGCUAGUGACAUUACCCAAUUCACUCAUGCCACGUCUCAAUCUUAUCCUUAACCUUAUACUUUUAUAUAGUCGGUGCAUCGAUGUGUGUUUUAUCAUAUUCUAAUAGCAACAUUAAUGGGAAUUUUUUUAAAUAACUAAGUUUUAAAAAAAAAAUACAUAAGUAACUCAUAUUUCAAGAAAAUUACCCCGAUAACCAUGUUUGGGGGUGUUUCAUACGUAGAAGCCAUUCCACAUGGCGUCUUCUAUUUUCUUCUUAAAAAAAUUUCUCAGUUACCUACAGAUUUACUUGCGGAUUUACCUGCGAAUUUACCUGCAGAAUAUUUUAAUGUUUGGUCUGCAUGUAAAUCCGCAUGUAACAACAAUUUCGUAGGUAAAUUUGCAGGUAAAUCCGCAGGUAACAAUAAAUAUGCAGGAACAAUUUUAAAAAAAAUAUGAGGCGUCAUGUGGGAUGGCGCUUACAAGUAAAACACCCCCAAAUAUAUUUAUUGGAGUAAUUUUCUUGAAAUAUGAGUUACUUAUGUAUUUUUUUUAAAACUUGGUUAUUAAAAAAAAAUUCCCUUUUAAUGAAAGUUAAGUAAAAUAUUGGUUUGUUAUAGCUAGAUAAAAUUUACUACCUCAUAUGGGCGGUCUAUAGGCCAAAAAAUUAGAGGAUUUCUUAUUUCAAUUUAUAGGGGGUAAAAUUAUUCUAUGGAUAAAGCGGCGUUCUUCUGCACUAAAUCACAUCGACACCAACUGAGUAAAUGCUUUUACUUUUACAUUAUUUUAAAGAUUGAUCUUUCCUCGUUUAAUUAUUAAAUUUAAUUGUGCAACCACACUUAACUCUUCGUAAUAAUAUGUCUAUAUAUGAACAAAAUUUCUUAAUCAUAAAUCUAUUAACAUUUCAAUAUAACAUGGCUUCUUCUUCUUCCUCAUAAUUAUCCAUGAAACUUCUUAUCGACACAAAGAAUAACAAAGUUCUCUUUGUAGAAGCUUCAAAACCUAUCAUAGACUUUCUCUUCAACUUGCUAUGCUUUUUGUUUUGUUUUUCCUUGUGCUCAAUAAUUUGCAUACAAUGUUUUCUACUUUGUGAUCUAAAUGAAUACUACUCAUUUUGUCGAAAAAGAAAAAGUAAAGUAAAUAACUUUUGACUGUUUAUGGUAAGAAAAGUCAUAUUUUUCAAAACACAUUACUAGCAAAGUUGUGCCCCACAAUAUUUUACCGGCUGGUAGCCCAUCAUGCACGCGUGUGGCCCAUUUGUCAUUCAUCUCUUAUCCACAAAAUCAAACACUUUUGCUAACAAAACAUCCACAGCGUUACAUACAACUCUUAAUUAUAGCUAGUGACAUUACCCAAUUCACUCAUGCCACGUAUCAAUCUUAUCCUUAACCUUGUACUUUUAUAUAGUCGGUGCCUUAUUGGCGUGUUUUAUCAUAUUCUAAUAGCAACUAUAAUGGGAAUAUUGUUUUUAAUAACCAAGUUUUUAAAUAAAAUACAUAUGUAACUCAUAUUUCAAAAAAAUUACUCCAAUAAUCAUGUUUGGGGGUGUUUUAUAUGUAGACGCCAUUCCACAUGGCACCUCUUCUUUUUUUAAAAAAAGUUUCCUAAUUUGCUGCAGAUUUACCUUCGAAUUUACUAUUAUCUGCGGAUUUACGUGUAUAAUAUUUUAAUGUUUGAUCUGCAUGUAAAUCCACAAGUAACUGAAACAAUUUAAUAAAAAUAGGAGGCGUCAUGUGGAAUGACGCUUACGUGUUAAACACUCUCAAAUAUGGUUAUUGAGGUAAUUAUUUUGAAAUAUGAAUUACUUAUGUAUUUUUUUUAAAACUUAGUUAUUAAAUUUUUUUUCCCUUUAAUAGAGGCGAAGUAAAGUAUUGGUUUGUUAUAGGUAGAGAAAAUUUACUACUUCGUAUGGGCGGUCUAUAGGCCAACAAAAAUUAGAGGAUUUCUUAUUCCAAUUCAUAUUCAUAGGAGUAAUUAGAGGAUUUCUUAUUUUAAUUCACAGGGGUAAAAAUAUUCUAUAGAUGAAGGGGUGUUUUACAAUGCAUUAGUUGUUUCCAUUCUUCACCAUUAAGGAAAUACUUUAUUGGACUAAAAUACAAACCGCCAAUUGCCAACCGCCCAAUGCACGUGAUGGCUUUACUUAAAGAAAAAGAAUACUUACUUAGUUAUGAAGCAUUGAAACCCAUAAAUUGCAUGCUUAUAUACACGUAGAAAAUUAAUCAAUCAUCAAAAUAUAUAUAUAUGAAAGAGUGUUAACAAAAAUCUACUUCCUCUCCUCUUGUUAUUUUAGUUUAUAUAUUUAUAUGUCUCAUUGAUAUCACUCUGUCUAUAUAAGAACAGCUUUUCUUAAUUAUAAAUCUAUUAACAUUUCAAUAUAACAUGGCUUCUUCUUCUUCCUCCAAAGUAUCCAUGAAACUUCUUAUCGACACAAAGAAUAACAGAGUUCUCUAUGGUGAAGCUACAAAACCUGUCGUAGACUUUCUCUUCAACUUGUUAUACUUGCCUAUUGGUACUGUAGUUAAGCUGCUAAGUGCGAAUAAUAUGGUAGGUAGCUUAGGAAAUCUGUAUCAGAGUGUUGAAAAUCUGAACCAGAAUUUCAUGCAACCAUUUCAAACUAAGGGUGUUCUCUUAAACCCAACAUCUAAAAGGUCUUCCACUUAUGGCCUCCUUAAGCUGUUUGAUGAUAGUGAUGAUGAUUUAAGUAGAAGUGAUGAUGAUUUAAGUGGAAGUGAUGAUGAUGAAGGAGCUAAGAUAUACAUGUGCCCAAAUAAAUGUAAGAUGAAGGCUACAUAUGAUUGCCAAACAAAAUGUCCAGGCAAUAGGCUUGAUCAUUGCGGUCAUUAUAUGGACCGUGUAGUACGUAUUAUCGGAGAUAGGAAGAUUGCUGAAAAGGAAACUUCCAUUCGCAAUGGUUUUGUGAAAGAUUUGGUAACCUUUAGGGUGAUGGAUGAUUUGGUGAUUCAGCCAACGUCAACCGAAUCUAGCUUCACAGCUUUGCACAAGUUAAAUGUGAAAGUAAUGGAUACCUUGCAAGAAAAGGUGGUUCAGCUGGGCACGGCUGAGGGUAUCAAGUUGCUAAAGGCUUCUUUGGAAACCAAGAUGGUGUUGACAAGUGUUUUCCUCAAGAAGUAGAAUUAAUAUGGCAGGAAUAAUGUUUGUAAGCUGAGAAAAUGGUGUUUUGGUUUUCUCUUUCUCUAGUUUAUUACGUUCUGCAAAAGAAAAGGUGCUUGCAAUGCUCUUUUACUUCGUUUUGUAUGGUCAUUAUCGAUAAGCUAUCGUAUCUUUUUUUGGCGUGUAAGUGUAAUCUGUAAUGAACUAUAUAUCAUAUCUAUUCCCCGAUUAUAGUUCUA